AUGGUGGGCGUACCUCGCAGCAGCGGCUGUGCGACUUGCGUGAAGCGUCGGGUGAAAUGCGAUGAAAGAGUCCCGGGAUGCGCCAAAUGCGAGAAGUACGGGACGCUAUGUCCGGGAUACGAUAGGGGGUUCAAGUUUAUUGCUGGCAAACCAUAUCGGACCCGUCGACGUCAAGCUGAUACCCAAGAGACCCAGUCAAACAGAAAGCGGAGCGAGACUUCAAGUCUAGCACCGUCCAGCAAUACCCAGGUGGCUACCCAGAUGGCACUCCAAUGGCAAAGGCCAGCAUCGUUGGUCUCAUCGCAGCUCAACGUCCUUCAAAGCCUGGGGAUUCUCAUUGAUGACUUCUCACAACCACAGCCCAUGACGCAGAAACAUGUUGUUUCCCAUUGGUUCAACUAUCUUCCCUCGGUUUACGGACAUAGUCGAACCUUGGAUGCCACGAUCCGGUCUUUUGCCGCCAAUCACUUUGGGACCGUGCUGCAAAAUCAUCAGAUGAUUGCAUAUGCUCGGUCCUCCUAUGGAGAGGCCCUGCGUAGGCUACGAAAGUCCUUAGAAUCCCCGUCCGAGUCCCUCUCCACCCAUGUCUUUUGCGCAGUCGUUUUACUGUGCAUGUAUGAGUUAUUUGCGGAUGUCGAGACUCCUGAUUCCUGGAUGAAGCAUGCCAAGGGGCUUGGGCAACUGGUCAAAAUCAGAGGACCCGAGCGAUAUCGCAAUGAAUUGGACAUCGUCCUGUUAAAGGCUUCACGAGGAUUGAUUGUAAUGCAUUCCAUGUUCUCAGGUGAAGACUGUUUCCUGGCCGCUGAAGAAUGGCAUCAUAUGAUGCUACAGCAAUACACGGCAAACGUCCCACCUGAGCUUCACAACUGCAUUGAACAAUUCUUUGCAUAUUUCACAUAUUCGCCAAGCCUUGUGCACAAGCUCUAUCGCCUCAAAGAAAUAGACAUUUCUACACCCGAGGCAUUCCAAUUGAUCUCGGCCGCGCUAGCCCAAGCUCUUGACCUCCAAGCCAAAAUGGCUGUCUGGUACAAGCAAUACUCUCAAAUCACUCCGCAGCCAGUGGAAAAUCCAUCAAACAAAGAUGACCCAGUGUUCCCAAUCAUCUUAACGUACUCGGACAUGAUAGAUGCCGCAAUCUACACCGGCUACUACGCAUUCAUGGUGAUCAUCCACGAAGUCCUCAAGACUUUGUCUUAUCCCGGCCCACAUGCAGAAAUGGUGGUCUACUUUCGAGACCAAAUUUGCAAGUCCGUCGAAUUUAGCUGCGCCGGUAUUCUUGGUCCCUAUCGAAUGGGUUUCCCUCUUCGGGUAGCAAUCGAAGUUGCGGACCCGGAUACAAAAUCGUGGAUUCUCGCUCGCCUAGAGGAGUUUUCAAAGAUUUACGCAGCAUCGCGACCAGAGAACUUCCAGACUGCGCUCUGA